AUGGCAAUUCCAUCCAAAAUUGUAUCAAUAUGGCGUUUGUUGGUAACAUUAUCCAUUUACUCAUCUUUCUUAUUAAGCCAUGUUGUUGUUGUCUCCGGCCAAUGUCUCAGCCAUCAACAAUCUUUACUGAUUCAACUCAAGCAUUCUCUUGUAUUCGGCGCAGAAUCGUCCACAAGUUUGGUGCAAUGGAAUGAAAGCUCCGAUUGUUGUACUUGGCCAGGUGUAAAUUGUGAUCAUGAGGGACAUGUCAUUGAUCUCAAUUUGCGUGACGAGGCAAUCUCGGGCGGCAUUGAUGAGAAUUCUACCCUCUUCAACCUCGUGUAUCUCGAAAGCUUGGAUUUGUCCUAUAAUUAUUUCAACUCUACCAUUCCAUCAGUGAUUGGUAACCUCACAAAUUUGAGGGAUCUUCGCUUGUCAUAUGCUGGCUUUGUGGGGCAAAUUCCAAAAGAGAUAUCACACCUCACAAGAUUGGUUACUCUUGACUUAUCUACGUCGGAGUAUUUGCAACUACUUGAGAGCUCAAAUUUGAGUAUGCUGGUUCAGAACCUCACCAAACUCGAAUACCUAUAUCUUGAUGGUGUAAAUAUUUUGUCUGUCGAGAAUGAUUGGGCUCAGGACUUGUCAUCUUCAUUGCCUAAUCUUAAAGUUUUGAGCUUCGGUUAUUGUUCUCCUUCUGACAAUACAGAUAAGUUGCUUGCCAAGCUUAAUCUUCGAUGCUUCUCAAGGAUUCAACUUGAUUUCAACAAGUCUUCUGAUCCAUCUCCUAGAUCUUUUGCAAACUUCUCAAAUUUGGUAUCCUUUUCGACAGUUGAUUGCACCUUGCAUGGAAUGUUUCCCAAAGAGAUCUUUCAGGUACCAACACUAAAUACUCUUGACAUAUCCUACAAUGAAUUACUUGAUGGUUCUUUGCCAGAAUUUCCCCCGAAUAGUACACUUCGUAGUUUGGUGAUUACCUCCACAAAUUUCGGAGGGAGUUUACCUGUUUCUAUUGGUAACCUUGGCCAAUUAACAAAAUUAGAUGUUGGCAAUUGUCGUUUCAGUGGAUCACUUCCAAAGUCAAUCACAAACCUCACCAAUCUUGUUUAUCUUGAUUUAUCAUCUAACAACUUCACUGGUCCACUUCCAUCUUUUCAUAUGUUGAAGUACUUGACAGAUUUACACCUUUCUCAUAACCGCUUCACAGGCCGAAUUCCAUUGGCUCAUUGGGAAGGUUUUCUGGAACUUGUCAAUGUGGAUUUAAGGAAUAAUUCCCUCAAUGGAAAUAUUCCUUCAUCUAUGUUUUCCCUUCCUUCAGUGGAAAUGAUUGACCUUUCCUACAACCAAUUUACCGGUCAAGUUCUUGAAUUUCCAAAUGCAUCUUUUUCUAUGUUGAAAACAAUUGAUUUGAGUAGCAACGACCUACACGGUUCUCUUCCCAUGUCAAUCUUCAAACUCACAAAAAUUAAACAUAUCUCACUUUCUUCCAACAAGUUCAAUGGUACCAUACAACUUAAUAUCAUUCAAGACCUUAAACUUCUUUCUUCUCUUGACCUUUCCUACACCAAUUUAUCAGUCGAUGCAAGUACUGGCAAUUCUAAUUCCUUUUCUCUUCCCAAAUUUCUUGCUGAUUUAAGACUUGCUUCUUGCAAACUUGGAUUAUUUCCUGAUCAAAUCAAGAACCAAAGAAACAUGUCUUAUUUGGACCUAUCAAACAACCAAAUUCAUGGCGAGAUACCAAAUUGGAUUUGGAAAGUUGGGAAUGGUUCUGACUUCUUUCUGAAUCUUUCACAUAAUCACCUGGUAGGCAUGCAAAAACCUUAUUCAUUUUCCAAUGUUGACACCCUUGAUCUAAGUUUUAACCAGCUUCAUGGGAAAAUACCUAUUCUACCACCAUAUCCUACCUACUUAGACAUGUCUAACAAUUUUUUUAAAUCCUCCAUUCCAUCUGACAUUGGUAAUUGCCUUUCUCGUACUCGUUAUCUCUCCCUCUCAAACAACAACCUUACAGGAGUUAUACCCGAAUCGGUAUGCAAAGCGAGUAACAUGGUACUUGCUGAUCUAUCCAACAACAGUUUAAGUGGCAGAAUACCACAAUGUAUGCUUGCACUGAGUCAUAUUCAGGGGAUCAAUCUUCGAAGUAACAAAUUGAGCGGUCCAAUUCCUGACGCACUUGUUGUCAAUUGCAGCUUGCAGAUACUAUCUCUUAAUGGAAACUUACUUACAGGUAGGAUUCCAAAAUCUUUGGCGAACUGCAGAGCUUUGGAGGUUUUAAACUUGGGGAACAAUCAAAUUUUCGACACUUUUCCUGUGUUAUUGAAAAAUAUAUCCAGCUUGCGUAUCCUUGAUCUGCAAGCAAACAAAUUCUAUGGGCACAUUACAUGUCCAGACAGCAUUGGUAAUUGGCCAGUGAUUCAAAUUGUGAAUAUAGCUUCUAACAAUUUCAGCGGUGAACUACCAGGCAAGUGCUUAACAACAAAAUGGCAUGCAAUGGUUGACACGAAUUUUGACUUUCGUGAAACUACUCCAAGCUACAUCAGUUAUAAUUAUGAGGAUACAGUGACAGUUACCAACAAAGGUCUAGAAAUGGAGCUGGUGAAGAUAUUCAAGGAUUUUUGCGCCAUUGAUUUUUCAAGCAACAACUUCCAUGGCGAAAUACCAAAAGAGCUUGGACUACUCAAAUCUCUCUUACUACUCAAUUUGUCCAAUAAUGCUCUCACCGGUCAUAUUCCAUCAUCUUUUGGCAACUUGCAUCAACUAGAGUCCUUAGACCUCUCAAAGAACCAUCUGAAUGGGGAAAUUCCAGCAUCAAUUUCAAACUUGAAUUUCCUUUCUUUCCUGGAUGUGUCAUAUAAUCAACUCGUUGGAAGAAUUCCGAAAGGUAAUCAAAUUCAAACGUUUUCAGCUGAUCGUUUUGAAGGUAAUGAAGGAUUAUGCGGGCCUCCUUUGACGCCAAAAUGCGGAGAUGAAGGGGAAGAUACGCAGCCAGAAACACCAGAUGAAGAUGGACAUUCAAACUCUGGCAAUGGGAUUAAAUGGGAAUUGAUAGGUGCUGAAGUUGGAUACAUUGUUGGGUUUGGAAGCGUGAUAGGACCACUUGCUUUUUCCAGAAGAUGA